AUGCUGUCACGGGUGAACAAGGUCGCCCAAUCGGUCGGUUUAUCCAGAAACGCUGGGAAGGCCAAAGUGUUUUCAAGCUGCUUCCCUGACCUGGAGAAGGCACCCCUCGGGAUUAAUGGCUUUCAACUUGAAGAAGUAGACAGUUUUAAAUACAUCGGGGUGAGGUUGCUGCCUACUGGACAAAGUAAGGACGACAUUGUCUCCCGAAUCGAUGCUGCCCACUGGGUUUUCUCAAGCCUUCGGAAAUGCCUAUGGAUCCGACCUGACCUAUCCAUCGCUAUUGAGAUUCGUGUGUACCGUGCGUCUGUCCGGUCUGUCCGGUCUGUCCUUCUCUACGGUUGUGAAUGCUGGGCUUUGCGCGUGGAGGACGAGCGAAAACUGGAGGUAUUUGACUGUCACUGCUUGAAGACCAUCCUUCGAGUGAAGUUCACCGACAUCGUCUCAAAUGAGACAGUCCGCGUUCGCUGCGACAACAUCGCAAGGAUAACUCAGGCCAUCCAAGAAAGACGACUGAAAUGUUUCGGGCAUGUUCUUCGUCGUCCACUUCAGGAGCUCAGUGUUACUACCCUUGAUCCGGCACCGUUGCCCCAUUGGAGGCGUCGAAGAGGAGGUCAGUUCAAAACCUGGCUCGAUACAGUUCGUCAAGACAUGGAGGUGGUUCUUGGACCUUUGGUAUUCGGUCUACGUCGUUGGAGAAGGGAAUGGGUUGAGCUGUCCAGAUCUGCUGCCGCGGAUCGUCACGCGUGGAGAGGUACAGUUUGUGACAUCAUCGAGGCCGGCUAGAUGAGGCAUGAUCGCAGCCGUAUCAAGUACAAGUAAGAAGUUGGGACAGGAGACAUAUUUUAUAAACAACACCCGACUGCACCCCUGCCUCCAACCGAUUCUUCAUGUGCAUGAUUCUCGUACGUAUCGUGGCUGUCGGACGAUGUUUGAUACCUACGUCAAACUCUGCGGCGAUGCGGCCUAUUGCAUCCGAUCCAUUUACCAUAUGCCCUAAAGGGUGCUCCCCAUUGACACCUCUUUCGCGUUCUUCCCUCGUGAACGCGUACGUAGGCAGCAGUUGGUGAAGUUUUCCGGUAGCCGCUCCCCUAUUAAUUGGUUACCGCGUCACCGUGGUUCCUGUACACGUCCCUCUGAUUCGCUGCAGUACGCUUUUGUCCUAACAGCCUCGUUUAUGCACUAUCGAGUCCUCCUAUCCACCCAUCUGAGGACAGGGGAGGCCAGGGAGGGAACAUUUUGGCAUAGAAGUUUAACAGUCAUUUUUUGUGUGAAAUCGGUGCGAGAACGCUAUUCGCCCAACUGUGCUGUUAAAUGGUGGAAAUCGGGUGGACUUUUUUCGCCAUAGAAAGACACAAUUCUGUUGCACCUUUUAUGCUUAUGUCUAUGUAGGUGCCCGUUACGUGCAUACAACCCAAGCCGCACGUUAGCUGGAAGCAGGACUUUGCUGGAACAAACUUCGGCUAGGAUAUGGUUUAUGGUUGGGGUCGACUACUCCGCCUUGAACAAAAGAGCUGAACUUUGUGAUUUCACAAAUUUUGAUCGUCCACCUUGUCACCAAUUCAAGGAGGACACUAUUUUUACCAUUUGAUGAUUAUAGUAAAUGAAUUUCAUGCCCCUUUGUAGGUAUUGCAAUCUCGUAUUUUUACUCCGGUGACUAUCUUUAGACAUCUUGACCACCCUCACACAACAGCCACCGGCAGGUGUUUUUAUUCCUUUCUCUGGCACACACACACAAAUGAAUAAUGCCAGUUAUUUUCUUCUAGCAUAAUUGCUCCAGAGUAAGUAACCCCGGUUAUAAACCACACUUUUGCCGAACUUCCAGUUUACAACCCUGCAGGGAUUUGAAGACCUUUUUGUGUCCCCCAUUCUGUUCGUCGUUCCGUGCUUUCCCUCCCGGUUCAGUGGUGAAUUCUGUAAUCUGCUAUCACGAGCCAGCGCUAACCAGUGAGGCGCAUCUCCUUGGGUGUAAUGAUAUCAGCCUUCGUCCUCUUGCAAGCCCUCAGAUCUUUCCUUAUUUCUUCUGCAGCCCUCAUUUUAUGCGGCAUGGAUGCCGCUUCGCAGCAUCAGUCGCAUGCCUGUGGUAGCACUUGCACGACUUCUCAAUUUGGCAAUUUUUAAAGCCGCCCGUUAUUCUGGCCGGGUUGUUCGCCGCUGUGUUUCGGCGUCCACAGAUCGCAGCACUUAUUUUAUGCCUUCCACUGCCUCUUGCAGGGCGCUCUAUGUAAUUGCUUCCGCCAUCUCUAUGCCCCAGUAUCCGGCCUAAUCGCCGCAAUUUCGCCAGCCCCUACCACCCAUACGUGGCCGCCUUCGUACCAAGUGUCCGGGGCCGGGGCUUUGGCGGGGGUUGAGUCUUGCCUGCACACCCCCCCCCCUCCACCGAGCUCGCCACCUGCAAGCCUUUGCUGUGGUGCCGCCUUGUCGGCGCCCAUCUCUCCCCGACCUAGAGCUAAAUUUAACCGUCUCCUGUCAACCGCUUCACCGUCCUUUCUGAGUUUUCGAUUUCUGAUUGGGUCUUUUGUCCAGCCCUUUACUUUCAUGUGUAACAACGCUAAAGCAGUAUUCUAGUUUCCAUUGGCUGACCUGCCACUGCUACCAGCAGUAGUCGUCGGCCUAAGAGCUUACAGCCGUUGGGCGCAUUUUACAACCAGUGGCCUUUUAGGGUUCAAAUUAAAUCCCGUUUAACGCAAACAGCUGUUUGCCAGUUGGGUGUAGCUGACCUCGAAUUUCAAAAUCAAGGAGGCGUUGGUCGGUAAUUGGGGUUUUUUGCUCAGAUUAUUCCUUUGCAGUGCCUCGGACGAAGAAAAUAGGCUGGCCUUGCGGGUCGGAAGGGAGAAGAUAUCGACCAGUGGGUGGAGCUCUGAGGUAGCGCAUCGGGGAAGGGGGAGGUCUGCCGCCAAUCGCAUCCGACGGCACAUCCGCAUAUACUGCUUAAUCUCAUAAAUUAAAUUCCAGGUAGUACUCAUAAAAUUUUGCGAUGAACGUGGACUAUGUUUUAUGCUUCAUAAGGAACUAAUAAACGGGCAGAUAGAACGCCAUUUGAGUAGACAUUUCACAGUUUUGGGGAAACCUCACAACAAAAAAACUUUUUAAAAUCAGAAUAAAUACCCUUUCUUCUAGUAGGAAAUUGGGAGGAGUGAUUUGCUACUAAGUGAGUGCACGAAAGGAUAUUUCUGUGAAUGUUCUCUGAGAGUUAUAUUUUAGUUUAUAAGGGCAUCGGAAAUCGAUUGGAAAAGUUCACACCACUUAGGCCAUCCUUUUUACCGAGUGCAGUUUUUGCAGGUGGCCGGAAGGAAGCGCAUUCUGUACGAUACUCAAUAAUGAAACCUUAUUUACGUAGUCCGUCAUAGUUAAACACGUUAAACAUUUCAUGCGAUUUUUCACCGUUAUCUGUCCGUUUUAAUAAUCCGUAUGGAGUAUGAUUUUCAAAAAAUGAAAGAUGCCUUUUCCUCAAGUAGAAGAUUCUAAGAAGACAAGAGAGAACAUUUUCGUGCGCGUUCUUUAUAAAAUGUAAUCGAAUUUGUUAGGGCACAGAAGACUAGUGGGUCAAUUUUAUGCCACCUAGGUGGUCAUUUUUUACACAGUGACGUCUUUGCAGACGGUAGAAAACAAACUCAUUCAAAAGCUAGCACUCUGGUGUACUGCAUGACGACAUUACAACCCUACUUAUGUAGUCUUUUGGAAUCUAGAACAUACUUCAGAACUUCGGUUAACAUUUCAAUAGAUAGCACAUCAAUUGUAUGUAGAUUUUUCUAACCGAAAUCGAAUCGCAGAAUUUCAGUUAAUAUGUCAUGAGUAAUGCACACGACAGUUCCACCGUCGAUUUCGACGAUGUCCACCGUGUGCCCCACAGCAGAUGGUGGGAGCAGAGACGGUGACUUGCGCAGGGGUUUAUAGUGCCGGUAGACUUGCGCUGCAUCUACCUACACUCUCUCCUCCUCCCCGCCUGAGCCCGGUAUCAAGACAGAGUCAAGAAGACUGGAGACGAAGGAGGCCGCAGGUGGAUGGUUUGAACGGAUCCUCGCCUUGGCGCUCUACUCCGCACCCCCUGCUCCGCACAACAAAUGACCAGGAUUUUGACCGCCAAAGCAGUGGUCCCAGUUGUGCGACGACUGCCGACAACAGGGUCUGCCAGCGCACCCCCUGCAUGUUGACAUUUGUUAUUGCGCACAGAUAACACCUGCCAGAAUCCGAUAUGGCCCCCGUGUUGGUCCAGCGCAUCUAACACGUGGCCUGUUGGGGGGGGGGGGGGCAACACACACACCGCCUACCGUAUUUCUGGCCUGAAGGGCUCUGACCUCACUUUUAACCGUCGGUCAUCUUUUUUCCCCUUUCUCCCGCAGACGUUUGGUCCUCCCAGGACGUAACAACUUCCGCGCCGUUAGCACAGCCGCCGCCGCCACCACCGUCGCACCAACAGCAGCCCCAAGCCCCCAACAGCGCCAGCCGUCAGCACAACCAUCACCAGGGUGAUGAGCAGUGCACGGAUCAGGGACAGCCAGCCGCCUCCUGUUCCAGCACACAGCCGCCCUCCGCAGGCUCAGGCACCUCCUCCUCCCCCUCUUCCUCCUCCUCGGCCUUCAGAAACUUCCCAUGCGAACCCUUUAACCAGCCAAUCAGUGAAUACUCCUCUCUGUCUCAGCCCUACGCUUGCCUACCCUCAUCAGACCUCCCCUGA